UACUCCAAUUCAAUCGGAUAACACCCACAAAUUUCGUGCACCCAUUUCCCAUAUUUACUUCACAUAUUGGCAUCUUCUUUCACUUGUCCUUUAUUUACUGCUUUUCCUGAAAUUUGUUAUAAUCCAACAUAUAAAAUUGGCUCUGUUUUAGACAGAGCAAAAAUUUGUUUCAAUCUUUUUGUCUCAAGUACUUGCUCUUAUAAGAAACCUGUCAUUUUUUCUUAUUAUUCUUAGUCACCUGAAAUAUAAUCAAAAGAACAUAUACACAUUUAUAUCUUGCCUUAUUACCCUUUUGAUUUUUUCUGAAGAAGGGGGAAAGCAGAAAAGAAAAAAUGGCAUUUACAGGAACUUUGGAUAAAUGCAAGGCUUGUGAUAGGACUGUUUAUGUGGUGGACAGCAUGACUCUCGAAGGAGUGUUUUACCAUAAAGCAUGCUUCAAAUGUAGCCACUGCAAAGGAACUCUUUCGAUGAGCAGCUACUCCUCCAUGGAUGGAGUUCUCUAUUGCAAGCCUCAUUUUGAGCAGCUUUUCAAGGAAUCUGGAAAUUUUAGCAAGAAUUUCCAGUCAGCGAAGUCUUCUGACAGGCAACAUGAUCUGUCAAGGGCCCCUAGCAAGCUCUCAUCCAUGUUCUCUGGAACCCAAGACAAAUGUGCCACUUGCUCAAAAACGGUCUAUCCACUGGAGAAGGUAUCACUCGAGGGAGAGUGUUACCACAAGACAUGUUUUAGGUGUGCUCAUGGAGGGUGCCCACUGACACAUUCUUCCUAUGCUGCUCUUGAUGGAGUGCUCUACUGCAAGCACCACUUUCAGCAGCUCUUCAUGGAGAAAGGCAACUACAGCCACGUCCUCCAAGCGGCUGCUCACCGGAAAAAUGCCACUCCACCGCCCGAACCCACCGAAGAGGUGUCGGAGCCCCCUGUUGCCGACGACUAGACUUUCAGAGAAAAGUUCUAUUUAAUACCAUACACAAGAAGAAAAUGGAAGUUUUUAUUGGGUGCCACCGCACGUGUCAGUGUCUCUCCCAUAUUUCCUCUCCAAAUUCAUGUCUAACUUGUUCAGCAAAAUGGAUUUUUGAGCUUGUUAAGCUAGUUUUGAGAGAUUUUCCUUUUUAAUUAUGUUGUUUAAGAAAAUUAUAUAUGAAUUGAGAUAUAUUUAUUUAUUGAUUCUUUUUUAUUGUUUUUGUAUGUUUUUGGUCAAGAAAUGUAUGAUUUUUUUUCGUUUUA